GGAUUGACUGAAGAUUUAGGAAUAUUAGGAUUAGGAUUUUAGAUUAUUGAAAGAAAGUAUGGAUAGAGGAGGAAAUGUAGUAUUUAAAAUAGUAUUAAAUUUUUUAUACAAAUUGUUGAACACAGUCACUUAAAUUGAGUCCUAAUUUAAAAACAUAAGUACAAAAAUAUAUGCUGUAAGUGUAAAAGUUAAUCGAUUGGUGUAUGUAGUGAAGUAUUUAGUGCAAAUGUGACUAUUUUGUGUCAAAAAGAAGGGCAGAUUGUACGGUAACUGUAAACAUUAGACAUUCCCUUUACUUUAUAAAAUCGAAGUGGGCAAUGAAAAAACUGUGAUUAGUUUAAAUUGGUAAAACAAUGGAUAGUACAAUGGAACGCGAAUCGGGAGCAUUAGGAGGACUUUUUCAACAAAUUAUCCAAGAUAUGAAGAAUGGAAUGCCUUUAUGGGAGGAUUUCAUCACGAAGGCUACAAAGCUCCAUUCUUCCCUUAAAGCAACUAUUUUGGCAGUCACAGCUUAUUUGGAUUCCUUUCAAAAGAUUGCUGAUUCAGCGACAAAUACAAGAGGCGCAACUCGAGACAUAGGAACUGCUCUUACUCGAAUAUGUUUGAGGCAUAAAGCAGUUGAAAAUCGACUAAAGAAUUUUACUAGCGUUAUAAUGGAGUGCCUGAUAAUACCAUUGCAAGAAAAACUGGAAGAAUGGAAGAAAACCGUCGUGAAUUUGGAUAAGGAUCAUGCAAGAGAUUUCAAACGAGCAAGAUCUGAAUUAAAAAAGCGAUCCACCGACACGUUGAGGUUGCAGAAAAAAUUAAAGAAAGGCGUAGGGGGCGAUGUUCAAAAGAGAUUCGAAUGUGGGCUCCAGGAUGUUACAGAAAGACGGCAGUUGUUGGAAGAGACUGAAAAACAUGCUGUUAGAGCUGUGUUAAUAGAAGAAAGAACUAGAUUUUGCUCUUUCGUCGUUUUGUUAAAACCCGUAGUGGAGGAAGAGAUAGCAAUGCUAUCCGAAAUGGGCCACUUGCAAGAGGCCGUCCAGCAACUGGAAAAACACACAUGCGACCCGAAAACCCUUCCUCCGGCAUCUGAGCAAGUGAUCGCAGAUUUGAAAAGUUCAGACAGCGGAUGGUCGUUCCAGACUCCACCGUCCUCACCUUCAAGUCUCGGCUCAAGAAAGUCUUCGAUGUGUUCUAUAAGUUCAAUCAACAGCUCAUCGUCGGGCAGUUCUAAAAGCCAUCAUUCGCCUAGCCAUCCUUGGCAGAGGUCACUAUCACAGCCUGUAGGUCGUAGUGGUACAAUGCGUGUUAGAUCUGUGUCAAGUCAAGAUUCUGGAUUUAUGUCACAAGACACACUAUUCCUUAGACCACCAUCGGCGUUUAGUACAGCUCAGAUUUCCAAUAUGUCCGAGCACAGUAACAACAGCAGUAGUUCUAGUACGCCUUGCACCCCUUUUCCACUGACAGCCGCUCCCACAACGACAGCCACCUGGCCCAAUUUACAAGAAACUAUCCAGUUCGAAAGGGCAGCCUCGGCUAUUAUCAACGACCGACCACACACCAUAUCAUCAGCUUAUGAAAAAGGACACCAACGACCUCCUCUAACUGUAUAUACAUUCCAAGCCCCAGAUCAAACUUUAUCUCAACCGGCCAGUCCAGUUACUUCAACGGGACCUACUGACACUACUUCGAAUAUAGUGCCUCCGAAAAGUCCAGGACUAUCCAUUAAGUCUUUGUCCAAACCACCUUUACCAUUGAGGUGUUCAUCGUUAGAGCGUCCAAGUGGUCCAAAUGUUCCUGCCAAAACUAUUACACAAGGCGUGCGAGUACUACCUCCUGGGGCCGAAUUGUCGGUAGUAAAGAAACCGUCGCCAUUGCCAUCGCACCUUUCGAAGAAUAGUAAUAAUAUGCAGCCGACAUAUGCUAAUAUGCACGAACUGAUGAGUGCCGCAGCUUCAAAAAAUCCCGAAAAGACGUUCCCACCUCCGCCUUCCGAGUUUACUAGUCCUCCUGAAAAGACUAAUGAAGGUGAAAAGGAAAGUAGUACCAGUGAGAGUUCUUUAGAAUCUUCCAGUGGAUAUGGCAGUCAGACUGCAUUUAACUUUGAAGAGAUUCACCAUUUAGAAGGUGGCGUAACACUGCGUAGCACUCUCUUAAGAAGAGGAUCUGUACAAAAUCAGAAACCACCACCGCCCAUAAGACGAACAUCUUCCAUAACAAACACAGCUGCCAUAGGUAGUCUAGAAAACCUGCCACCUCCACCGGCAUUUUUGUUAGAACCGUCAACACAGGCCGCACAGUCUAAGCUACAUCCAAACCCAGGAAUAAAUGUGGCGGAAACUGUUAAAGCGUUGACAGAACUUAAUCAUACACCCGCCAGCCCAGGCUCAAUAAGACGUAUGUCGACAUCUUCCCAAAAUUUAUACCAAACUACUCAGACUCAAUUCAACUCAGGUCCAGUACUCAGCACCUUCCAAAGCCAGUCCAAAUUGUCCUACGUUUCCCAAUCUGGCGGUGUGGUAUAUGCUCAACCAAUGCAGAUUAUGGGUGGUAGCCCUAAUGCCAUGAGAAGAAUCAAUAAUUUGAGGUCUCAGAGUGCUGAUAGAAAGUCAGAAGGGCCAGGUGGAGUUAGUUCCAAUUUCAUAGCAUCACUUAGUGCAAAACUGACGCCCCAACUAAGUCCUAAAUCGUCGAGAAGACUUUCAGAAGACCGAACUCCUACGAAUUCUCCAGUAAAUAAAUAUCAUCAUAAAUCCGGUCCUGGACAAAGCUUUCUGGAUUCCUUGAAUGUCAAGUUGUCACAGCAACACGGCGUGAAUACUCAGCCGACACAGUUGAAGGCCACUAAAAUUCGACAGAUUAUAAAUAGUAGAGCACAGCCCGAUCCCAAAGUUUGCCACGAAUCUUUGAUGGAUCAGAUAAAAAAAGGAGCCACUCUGAAACGAGCUAAAUCAACCAACGACCGAUCAGCUCCAAAGAUAUGUUAGUAAAAUUUAGCGUUUUGUAUAUUAUUUAAUAAUGUUAUAUCGUUAUGAUAUCAUUUUAUGUAACCCAACUAUCGGUUAAUGGACAUCUCAAAUCAGCCAAACUUAAAGAAAGCUUUAUUUUUCGUUGUAGACUCUAUGAGAAAAAUGAUUCAUCAAAAAUUGUUCUCUAAUUUAUGUAAU